GGCCUUCCGUCUAAUUUCCGAUCUUAAAAUUUCAUCUGCAGAAAACUAAUGGUUUUAAAUUGAGAAAAAGACAAAACUCUAACCCUGGUGAUUUUAAAUAAUAUGUUUGAAAAUGUGCGGACGAACGUCAUGUACUUUGGAGCCCGAUGAAUUGGCGAAGUCAUGUCAGUAUGUAAAUGACAGGGGAGAGAAUAGGAAGCCACAAUGGCAUACUAGUGACUGCAGCAAAUUUAUGCCAUCACCAAACAUAAGUCCACAGUCAUUCACCCCUGUACUUGUGUCCGCAUGUAAGGUCAUCUCUGAAGAAAAUAAGGAAUUGAUGUCGAAUGACGAGAGUAUGUUGAAAAUGAUGAAGUGGGGCUUGAUUCCUUCAUGGCAUCGUGGUGAUCCAAGUUCCUUUGGAUACAAGAUGAACAAUGCGAGAAUUGAGUCCAUUAUGGAAAAGAAGUCAUUUAAAGGACCUUUGGAAAAGGGUAGAAGAUGUGUUGUGCUUGCCGAAGGAUUCUAUGAGUGGCAAGUAGUCAAAGGCAGCAGAGAAAAGCAGCCAUAUUUUGUAUACUUCAAGAGAGACAUAAAGCCCUGUGACAACAAUAAUAAACCAUUUGAGGAUGACAAAUCAAGCAAACCUCUUUUAACCAUGGCCGGUAUAUUUGAUGUGUGGCACUCAUCCGAGGAAGGAGAACCAUUGUAUAGUUACUCUGUGAUCACAUUGGAAGCAAAGGCACCAUUUAGAAACAUCCACCAUCGAGUACCAGCUCUUUUGAAAGAUGAAGACUCGGUACACCAGUGGCUUCAUUCUGAGGAAGUGGAUUACAAGCAGGCAUUGAAGCUUCUUUCUGCUGAUGAUUAUCUUGAUUGGCACCCCGUUUCAAAAGCUGUCAACAAUUCACGUUACAAAGAACUGGAUUGCACCAAAGCAAUUGAUUUAACACUUGUUGAUAAAAUGAAAAAUCGAAGUAAAAUUACAAAUUGGUUUGAAGCAUCUCCUAAAAAACGUGAAUCUACAUCCGGAACUAAUGCAGAACCAGCUGUUAAAAGGGAAAAACUGGAGCAAUAACACAUGAUAAGUGUGCUUAAAUAUGUUAUGAAUCCUUCGAUGUAUUUUCAUUUACCAGGUUCAAGAAUUAAACUAAAAUUGCCAAAUA